UACGUAAACAACCGCUUCAGUAAACAAGCUAAAAAUACAUACUCGGAGAGACCAUGGUUGUGACCAUUUGUAGCCGAUUUAAUCGUCAUUUUACAUCAAUUUAUUACAAUAAUGGCAUGGAUUUUAUUUAAGGAUGUAACACAAAAAGAUAAGAAAAUGGGAGAUGACCUAAAAAGGAAGUUAACGACAGGGCUGACAUCUAGUCCAAAAUUCAUUCCCCAUCUGUAUGUUUAUGACGAUGCCGGGUCGAUAAUUCAGUACAAAUUCGUCACGGAAUGUCCCGACUACUAUUUGACCAGGAGUGAAAGGUCAAUUCUGGAACAUAGGAUACAGGAAAUUAUUCCCUGUUUUCCUUACGAUAUGGCCUUGGUUGAUAUGGGGAGUGGAAACUGUUCUAAAACGAGACUUGUUAUCGAUGAACUGCUGCAAAGACAGAACAAGCUUACGUUUUAUCCAGUGGACAUUUCAGAGGAGUUUUUGAUGAAAGCAGCAAAUGCCUUAUCAGAGGAAUAUGGUGACUCACUUGAAGUUAAACCUAUUGCUGCAGAAUAUGGACAGGGAAUAGAGCAGCUCAGACGAGUGAAAGGUGCUAAGAUAAUUAUGUGGUUGAGCAGCAUUAUCAAUCUACCUUACGAUGAACAAGUGAACACUCUCAGGAGGAUAUCUACAAUAAUGACAGACAAAUGUAGGCUCAUAUUCAGUGCUGACGUCACACAGGAUAGAUCAGCUAUCAUGAAGGCCUACAAUGAUGAUGCAGGGAUGUUGCAAGCGUUGAAUACAAAUGCAAUUGAGAGGUUGAAUAAAGAGGAAGGAAGUGAGAUCGACAUUGCAAGGUUUACGUAUGGGGUAGAUUUCAUAUCUGACAACAAUCCCCAGUACAUGAGUUACACCAGGGUCUUCAUGAAGGCCAACGAAUCCAUCCAGUAUCCAAUACCUGGACUUGGCAUUGACCUGCAGAUGGACAAGGAGGAACGACUUUAUUUGCACGAAGGCGAAGGGUACAGCUGUAAAUACACACUGGAACAGCUACAUAACAUUGUCAAGAAAGCUGGACUCCGCCUGGUGAGCACCUGUAUGGAUGAAAACCAGCACGGUGUUUUAUAUCAGUGUGCAACCGUAUGAAGGACUCUUACAAACAUCAACUGAAACAUGAUAGGUGGUUUACAGAGUUAUACUAUUUAAUCAACGUGUAUGAAAUAUCUCAGAUUAGCGCGAUUGUGAGUUCGAUACCUUCUGGUUUGAAAACAGACAUCAUUACUGACGAGAUGAAUCAUGCUUUCUGUUUGUAUUUAAUAAAGUUUAUCUCCUUGA